AUGCCGGAAUUUAUCAAAGAACUUUCAUUUCGACGUAUUCUUGAUUCAUUAAAAUUAACACCUAAACAUCGUCUGGUUGAAUUUGGAGAUAUAUGGGCUGAAAUAUUUCUGUGGUGCUUUAUGACAUCUAUUGUUGUACAUUUAAUUGCUACUAUAGUUGCUAUUAUAUCAUUAAGAAGUCAUAAAAUUGGACGUUGGUACGCAAUAUUUAUUAUUUUAGCUGGAAUUAUAACUCCAAUUAUUCCAUCAGCUCUUACUAAUAAUUAUAUUAGAAUGAAAAUAAAUAUACCUUCAAUUCUACCAUCACUUUCAUGA